UUCAUGGAGGACAGACGAAACCACAAUCUUAAAAGUUUUAUAUCGUUAGAAAAAUGGCGAACACAGGCUUACUGCCUUUUGUGCGUGGUGUUGAUUUCACAUGCAAUGAUUUUAGUGGUGACAAAUUUCCCGAUGCAAUUCGUUACAUGACCGGCCUCCAAUGGCUCAGACUUGAUAAAACAAACUUGGAAGAGAUUCCUGAGGAACUUGGAAAGCUUAUGAAAUUAGAGAAUUUAUCUUUAAAAAAGAAUAAGUUGGAAAAGUUGUUUGGAGAAUUGACAGAAUUAAAAUGUUUGCGUUCAUUGAAUGUAAGACAUAAUAAGGUAAAAAGCUCAGGAAUACCAGCUGAAUUGUUUCGUUUAGAAGAAUUGACGACCUUGGACCUGUCUCACAACAGACUUAAAGAGGUACCUGAAGGGUUAGAAAAAGCCAAAUCUCUUCUAGUUUUAAAUCUUAGCAAUAAUAAAAUUGAAAGCAUACCACCAACCUUAUUUGUUCAGCUCACGGACCUAUUGUUUCUAGAUCUUUCUAAUAAUUUAUUGGAGACUCUUCCUCCUCAAACUAGACGACUGGCGAAUCUUCAGACUCUUAUUCUUAAUGAUAACCCACUUGGACUGUUUCAGUUAAGACAGUUGCCAUCAUUGCAAAACCUAGAAACUUUGCACAUGCGUAACACGCAGAGAACUCUAGCAAACCUUCCUACGUCAUUGGACACUCUUUGCAACUUAUCUGACGUGGAUUUAUCAAAGAAUGCACUUACAAAAGUACCCGACACACUCUACUCGUUACAAAGCUUAAAGAGGCUAAAUUUAAGUGACAAUGAGAUUACAGAAAUUUCUACAGCAAUGGAUAUCUGGCAAAAAUUGGAAAGUUUGAAUUUGUCUCGAAAUAAAUUGACGGUACUGCCCGCAUCGUUGUGCAAACUGCAAAAUUUGCGAAGACUUCACGUUGAUGACAACAAGUUAGACUUCGAAGGGAUACCGUCUGGUAUAGGGAAACUUGGCAACUUGGAGGUAUUCUCAGCAGCUAACAACGUUCUGGAAAUGAUACCGGAAGGACUUUGCAGGUGCGGGUCGUUAAAGAAACUCAAUCUAAGUUGUAACAAGCUGAUAACGUUACCGGACGCGAUACACUUACUGAGCGACCUCGAAAGUCUACAACUGCACGGUAACCCAGACCUGGUGAUGCCGCCGAAGCCUGUCGAAAGACCCAGAGGAGCGGGUCUUCAAUACUACAACAUUGAUUUUUCACUUCAAACUCAGCUGCAACUAGCUGGUGCUGCUACACCGGAGCUUUCGGCGCCCAAUCCGGGCGCGAAGUCGGACCCGAUCGCGCGUAAGCUGCGACUGCGGCGCGGACGAGCGGAGCCCGAGCAGCGCGACUCGGCGCUCAUCCUGCGCGGCAUGCAGGAGCAGGCCAACACGCAGCACGCCGCGCGCGACCCCGGCACCGAGGCCGACACGCAGCUGCCGCACAGCGAGCUCAAGCCGAAACGUUGGGAUGAAAGUUUAGAAAAGCCACCAUUGGAUUAUUCAGAAUUCUUUGAUGAGGACACAGGACAAACACCAGGGCUACAGAUAUGGGAAAUUGAGAAUUUCAUACCUGCUCCCGUUGAUGAGGUUGCACAUGGAAAAUUUUUCGAAGGCGACUGCUACAUUAUACUGAAGACUUCCAUUGAGGACCAAGGACAACUGUCUUGGGAUAUACACUUCUGGAUUGGCUCUAAGGCAACCCUAGAUAAGGGCGCGUGCGCAGCAAUGCACGCGGUGAACCUGCGUAAUCUAUUGGGUGCCAAACGCACUCAACGUCAUGAACAGGGUGAUGAGACGCCUGAAUUCCUGGCACUGUUCCCCACACCGCCUGUCUACAUCAAUGGUAGCAGGACGCCAUCUGGCUUCUUCACCGUCGACGACCCGCACUACGUGACGCGGCUUUACCGCGUCCACGGCGCGGGCAGCAGUAUCCACCUGGAGCCGGUAGCGGUGCGCGCGCACUCGCUCGACCCGCGCUACGUGUUCGUGCUGGACGCGGGGCUCGCCAUCUACAUCUGGAAUGGUAAGAAAGCAAAAAACACGCUUAAGUCGAAAGCGCGGCUUUUCGCAGAAAAAAUAAAUAAGGAAGAAAGAAAAAAUAAGGCUGAGCUAAUAACGGAGCCGCCAGGAAAAGAAUCAAAAGCAUUUUUGCAGAUAUUAGGAUAUGAAGAUGAAAAUCCUUUUAUUGCCGAGUAAAAUAGGUGUUUUUAUACGUACGUCCGUCCGCAGGAGCACGUUGCUGAAGAUUUCGUGUGGGCGCCGCCUCGCUUAUACCGCGUGGAGCUGGGCAUGGGUUACCUGGAACUGCCGCAGACGACCGGCGUGUUGGAGCGCAGUGUGCUCGCCACGCGCAACGUCUACAUCCUCGAUGCGCACCAGGACCUUUUCGUCUGGUUUGGUAAGAAAUCGUCGCGACUAGUACGAGCGGCCGCUGUGAAACUGGCUCAAGAGUUGUUCGGCAUGGCGCCGCGCGAGCCGCACGCACUCGUCACACGGCUGCAGGAGGGCACCGAGACGCAGGUGUUUAAGACGUACUUCCUGGGCUGGGAGGAAGUAAUCGCGGUGGACUUCACGCGCACUGCGGAGUCCGUGGCGCGUACGGGCGCAGACCUGGCCUCCUGGGCCAAGCAGCAGGAGACCAAGACAGACUUGUCAGCUCUAUUUACUCCACGACAACCGGCCAUGUCGGCACAAGAAGCCAAGACCUUGGCAGACGAGUGGAACGAGGAUCUCGAAGCUAUGGAGGCAUUCGUUUUAGAAGGAAGACACUUUGUUCGUCUGCCCGAUCAAGAGUUGGGUAUCUUCUACAGCUGUGACUGUUACGUGUUCCUGUGCAGAUACGUGGUGCCGGUUGAGAAACUCGUAGAUCUUAUAAUCGGUGCGGAUCGACAGGCGGAGGACGCCAGCUCGAACUGCUCGGCAGACGGAGAGGCGGAGGGCGAGGGCGAGGGUGCGGCGUGGGUGGUGUACUUCUGGCAGGGCCGGCGCGCGCCCAACAUGGGCUGGCUGACCUUCACGUUCGGGCUGGAGCGCAAGUUCAAGCAGCUGUGCCGGCGGCUGGACGUCGUCCGAACUCACCAGCAGCAGGAGAGCCUCAAGUUCAUGGCGCACUUUCGACGCCGCUUCGUUAUUAGGGAUGGGAAACGGAACCACAAACCGGAGGGUCGUCCGCCGGUGGAGCUGUUCGAGUUACGCAGUAAUGGUUCCGCUCUGUGUACGCGCUUAGUGCAAGUAAAAGCCGAUGCCGCAAACCUCAACAGUGCAUUCUGCUACAUCCUAAACGUGCCACUAGAGGGCUCUAAGGAGGAGUCCUCGGCCAUCGUGUACGCGUGGAUCGGCAGCAAGAGCGACGCCGACUCAGCGCGCCUCAUCGAACUCAUCGCUGAAGAGAAAUUCAACAACCCUUGGGUCAGCCUGCAGGUAUUAACCGAAGGCAGUGAACCAGACAAUUUCUUCUGGGUGGCGCUGGGAGGACGGAAGCCAUACGACAAAGACGCCGACUACCUUAACUAUACAAGACUUUUCCGAUGCUCAAACGAAAAGGGGUACUUCACUGUUUCUGAGAAAUGUACAGACUUCUGCCAGGACGACUUAGCAGAUGACGAUAUAAUGAUUUUGGACAACGGCGAACAAGUGUUCCUAUGGCUCGGUGCACGAUGUUCUGAGGUGGAAAUUAAACUUGCAUACAAAUCUGCACAGGUAUACAUCCAACACAUGAAGGCAAUGCAACCAGACAGGACAAGGAAACUGUUCCUCACAUUGAAGGAUAAGGAGUCUCGACGGUUCACUAAGUGUUUCCACGGCUGGGGAGAGCACAAGAGACCUCCGGAAUAAAAUUAUCUUUAAUAAUGUAUCCAUAGAUAUCCUGUUGUGACUAAUUGAGGAGAGUUAUUAUUGGCAUUGAGUUGCUCAUUUUCAUAUUAUACUGUUCAAAUAUUGUGAGCUCUCAUAUUAUUUGACUAUGACUCAUCAGUGUACAUAUAAUACAUAUAGCUGGUGAGACUUAAAUUAAAGAUUUAAUAAUUGC